AUGAAUGAAUCUCACUCACCACAAGGCUAAGCUAACCGACUAAUUAAUUAGCAUCCCGAAGAAUGCAGUAUGAAAGAGAAUGUUGGAAUGGUUACGUAUCAGUAGUGGAAGAAAUGGCGUCAAGGAAUGCAGUGGUGAUAUUCAGCAAUAAUACAUGUUGUAUGUGUCAUGCCAUAAAGAGGCUCUUGUGUGGAAUGGGUGUCAACCCAACAGUUUAUGAACUCGAUGAUUACAAUCCCACUUGGCAACAAGCCUUGUUUACUCUUCUUGCGAAAUCAUCAUCCUCUUCUGAUCUGCCUGUUGUCUUCAUUGGUGGCAAGCUCCUUGGCUCCAUGGACACUAUCAUGGCUGCUCAUAUUAAUGGCACAUUAGUUCCUCUUUUAAAAGAGGCUGGUGCUCUCUGGCUUUGAUAUCUCUCUUUUUUUUGGUUGGUUUUUACUUCUACUGCAGAGGAAGUGGAUCUUUUUCUAUUUUAUUUUGUAGCUAAGGGUCAGAAGAAAUGCUGUAAAUUUCUCUCUCCCUCCUCUGUUUCUUGAGACAAUUGAAAUGAAAAAAGCAAAUCUAGCUAGUUUGUUCCACAUUCCUAGUUUAUUCUGUCCUAUUUA